AUGUCUUCGAGCGGAUCAAAUGGCCGGGACCACGGCGGAUCUGGCGGGAGCUUAUCUGGAUGGGACCAAAUCCUGUCUCAGGCCUCCGCUAUCGGCAUAGUCUAUCAAAACUCUCCGCCUAAGGAAGGCACCUCGUCCUUUUCGUCCUCCCAGACAAACCGCAGUAAUAGCAACCGCUAUGGCCACUCGUCUGCUAAAUUCAAAGGUGGACGUUGA